GUUGCUGCGGAGAUAUGGGGUGCCCUGCGGGCUCUGGAGACCUUGAGCCAAUUGAUUUGGUGCUAUCCCAACAGCGAAAUGGAUGGCCCGAGUUAUGACUUGGCCGUCGUAACAGUUACUAAGAAAACUGAGAAGUUGUAUUGUGUUAGUGGCGUUCCUGUAAACUGUCGUCUCAGUGAUACCGUCGAGCAUUCUCUUGACGAGGACAUCAAGGAAAGGCAGCUGCUAUUCUUGUUCCUCUUCCCUGGUGAAUUUUAUGCUAGGGAAGAGUCUGUUGAGCAAGUGAUAACAGUUUUUCAGUAUGGUUUUCUGGACGAUAACAAACAUGUCUUCAACGUAACGACACUAAAAAGCCGGCUCAUAUUGGGUAAAAGCAGUGCUUUCUAG